ACUAUAAAUAGCUAAACAUCGAUAAGCAAACUCAACGCCGACGAUCAAUUAAGAUGGAGGACAAGCUGAUACUGGAUCUGUGCCUAUCAGCGCUGUUCGUCGUCGUCCUCUCCAAGCUGGUAUCAUCUGCCAUGAAGCCAAGGCUCAACCUUCCCCCGGGGCCAUGGACGCUGCCGCUGAUCGGCAGCCUCCACCACCUCGUGAUGACGAAGAGCCCCCAGACCCACCGCUCGUUGCGCGCGCUGUCGGAGAAGCACGGCCCCAUCAUGCAGCUGUGGAUGGGCGAGGUCCCCGCGGUGGUCGUGUCGUCGCCGGCGGUGGCGGAGGAGGUCCUGAAGCACCAGGACCUCAGGUUCGCCGACCGCCACCUCACCGCCACCACCGAGGAGGUCUUCUUCGGCGGCCGCGACGUCAUAUUCGGGCCGUACAGCGAGCGGUGGCGCCACCUCCGCAAGAUCUGCAUGCAGGAGCUGCUCACCGCCGCCCGGGUGAGGUCGUUCCAGGGCGUCCGCGAGCGCGAGGUGGCGCGGCUCGUGCGUGAGCUGGCCGCCGACGCGGGCGCGGGCGGCGACGCUGGCGUGAACCUCAACGAGAGGAUCAGCAAGCUCGCCAACGACAUCGUGAUGGUGAGCUCCGUCGGCGGCCGGUGCAGCCACCGCGACGAGUUCCUGGACGCGCUCGAGGUCGCCAAGAAGCAGAUCACGUGGCUCAGCGUCGCCGACCUGUUCCCGUCGUCCAAGCUCGCGCGGAUGGUGGCGGUGGCGCCACGCAAGGGCCUCGCCAGCCGCAAGAGGAUGGAGCUCGUCAUAAGACGGAUCAUCCAAGAACGGAAGGACCAGCUGAUGGACGACAGCGCCGCCGGCGCCGGCGAGGCUGCGGCGGGGAAAGACUGCUUCCUCGACGUCCUGCUUCGGCUGCAGAAGGAAGGUGGCACGCCGGUCCCAGUUACCGACGAAAUCAUAGUCGUGCUUCUGUUUGACAUGAUUUCAGGGGCCAGUGAGACAUCGCCGACAGUGCUGAUUUGGACCUUGGCGGAACUCAUGCGGAAUCCAAGAAUAAUGGCAAAGGCACAAGCUGAGGUAAGACAAGCUGUUGCUGGGAAGACCACCAUCACGGAGGAUGAUAUUGUUGGGUUGAGCUACCUUAAGAUGGUGAUUAAGGAGACUUUGCGACUCCAUCCCCCAGCGCCGUUGUUGAACCCUCGUAAAUGCCGUGAGACAAGCCAAGUCAUGGGCUACGAUAUACCAAAGGGAACAUCUGUGUUCGUAAAUAUGUGGGCGAUAUGUAGAGACUCCAGGUACUGGGAGGAUCCUGAGGAGUAUAAACCAGAGAGAUUCGAAAAUAAUAGUGUAGAUUAUAAAGGGAAUAACUUCGAAUUUCUUCCAUUUGGCUCUGGUCGUAGAAUUUGUCCAGGUAUAAACCUUGGGGUGGCCAACUUGGAGCUACCAUUAGCUAGUCUUCUUUAUCAUUUUGACUGGAAGCUACCCAAUGGAAUGGCGCCUAAGGACCUUGAUAUGCAUGAGACGUCUGGAAUGGUUGCAGCUAAACUCAUUACCCUAAAUAUAUGCCCUAUUACUCAUAUUGCUCCAAGCAGUGCGUAACAUCCGUCCUAAUGGAAUGCAUCCUCAAAGACAGCGCAUAUAUAUAGUAGUUUAUUGAAAAAAUAACGUGCUGGGAGAAAAGGGUUUAUAUGUAUCCUAUGUACAAUUGUUUUUUCGGGCAGACUGGCCUAUUUGUGUAUAAACUUUCAUGUUGCAUGUUAUACAUGAUGUAUCAUUCCAGUGUGUAAUGCUACCACUACUUUAAUAAUGUUUUUUUCUAGGCAGGCCACUGGCCACGUA